GUGGCUAUGAUCAUACUCUAGCUAUUCAGAUGCAACAACAAAAGAACAAUCAGUUUGCUAUCCCUGUCCAAAUUUGUUGAAUUUUGAAGUUGUUGGCAUGACAGCAAACUGAGCAAUUUUGAAAAUGGACAAGCCCACAACUAUUAAGGAUGCCCUUAAAAAAUGGGAGGAAAAAACAGGACAGAAAGCAUCAGAAGCAACAGAAAUAAAACUUUGUGGACUAUAUCCACCAAUAGAAAGAACAGAUGCUUCACUCAGUACCUUACAAAAAUGCGAAAAACUUUCUCUUUCAACCAAUUGUAUAGAGAAAAUCGCGAAUUUAAAUGGGCUAAAAAAUUUGAAAAUACUGUCACUAGCAAGAAACAACAUUAAAAAUCUAGCAGGGCUUGAACCGGUGGGCGACACACUUGAACAACUUUGGAUUUCCUAUAACAACAUUGAAAAACUGAAGGGGAUAAACGUACUUAAAAAACUUAAAGUACUAUAUAUGUCAAACAAUGUCGUAAAAGACUGGGGCGAAUUUCAGAAGCUAGCUGAACUUCCAGUCCUCGAGGAUCUACUUUUUCUCGGCAAUCCACUUGAAGAAAACAGUGGUGACACUUGGAGAGAUGAGGCAUGCAAAAGGCUUCCCAAACUUAAAAAGUUGGACGGUGCACCGGUACUGCAUGACGAAGGCGAAGAUGAAGGAUAGACGAACAAGAAAAAAUGUCACUUUUUUUUCUAUAUAAACCAAAACAAGAUAAGACAGAUAGAGUGUAUUUCGAAGCAAAAAAACACACAAAUUUUACCAACGUAUUUGAACAUUUCCCAAUGAAAUUUUGAAUAAUACACCUGUAUUUAAGUCAGUGG